CGAAGCACACAUCCCCCAUAUCUCUCUCUCGCGCGCUUUCCCAAUUCUAGCCUCCAUCUUCCUUCUUCUCGAUCUCCAUAGCUGCACAGAGGCGAACCAUUCCAUUACGUAUACUACAGAUUGUUAAACAUCGUCCCGCGAUCCACCGUCGUCUUAUCCACGGCGGUCGAUUCUGUUCUCUUUAACCGAUGCAAUUUGUGGGUUGGGUAUAAUUGAAACUCUGAGGGGAUUCGGAUUCGAUGGCGUUGCAAGAAAAACUAGAUAGGUUUAAGAGACAGCAAGAAAGAUGCCAGACUACCUUGUCUGGCAUUGCUGCAUCCAAGACUACUACUACUACACCCAGGUUUACGCCUGCUCCAGCCGCUUCAAGACCUCCGGCUCCUGCUAUAAAAUUUUCAAAUGACACUGAGAGACUUCAACACAUUAACAGCAUAAGGAAAUCCCCAGUCGGGGCUCAGAUCAAGAGGGUUAUUGACCUGCUUCUGGAGACAAGACAAGCCUUUACACCUGAGCAAAUCAAUGAAUCAUGUUAUGUUGAUAUAAAUUCCAACAAAGCUGUCUUUGAUAGUUUGCGGAAUAACCCAAAGGUGCACUAUGAUGGGAGGCGUUUCUCAUACAAGUCCAAGCAUGAUCUGAAGGAUAAGAAUCAACUUCUUUACUUGAUUCGGAAAUUUCCAGAAGGCAUUGCUGUCAUUGAUCUCAAGGAUUCUUAUCCAAGCGUUAUGGAAGAUUUGCAAGCCCUAAAAGCCUCAGGCCAGGUUUGGCUUCUCUCGAACUUUGAUUCACAAGAAGAUAUUGCAUACCCAAAUGACCCUCGAAUUCAAAUCAAAGUAGACGAUGAUCUGAAGCAACUGUUUCGGGAAAUUGAAUUACCUCGUGAUAUGCUCGAUGUCGAAAAGGAUCUGCAGAAGAAUGGAAUGAAGCCUGCUACCAACACUGCAAAGAGGCGAGCCAAUGCACAAAAUGUGGCGUCCUCGAAACCAAAGCCGAAGAAAAAGAAGCAAGAGAUCAGCAAGAGGACCAAGCUCACCAAUGCACAUCUUCCGGAGCUCUUCAAGAAUUAAAGAACCAUAUGCUCUUAUUAUACUGUCAUCUGUGGGCUGAUAUGCGUAGUCCAAGGACUCUGUAGAUAGCAUUCAACCAUCCAUCCAUUCCUACUGUUUGAUGUAUUGCCUUUUGUGAAUGUUCUGCGUUUACUUCAAGUAAUUGAAUAAUUUGAAUAUAAGAGAGAGAGGUUCAUUCAACUAGACAUAUGACAUUACAAGUUGAUCAUUUGUGCAAACUUCUAAAUUCUAUAAUUUCAAGUUCAUUUUAUUUUAGAACA